AUGACGAGUGACACUAUAUCAGAGGAUGAAGACUUCAGUUUUAGUGGUAUGUUCCACACAUGCACAAAUGGUUUCAACUGGGAUAUAAACUCACAAAGAUCUAAUGACGAUGAAAAAUUUACAGGACUUUGUAACAAUUUUUAUUAUGCUGUAAAUGAUGCUAAAACUCUGGAUUAUAAUUUUAUUAAAUAUUGCAAAGUUCUUGGUAUAUAUUUAAAGCAUAUAGAAAAUAAUAAGUCCAGUUUAAAUAAAGUAUCAUGUUGUAAAUUAUUUUAUUAUAGACUGAAAAAUGAUAUAAUGGAUAAAAUUUCAUUAAUAAAAUGUAGUAAAGUUAAAGACUGCUAUCAGAAAAUGAUCGAUCAAAAUACAAUUUAUUCUGGAACAGACAUAUCUGAUAUAUGUAUAAAAUAUUCUGAACAUAUUGAACAAGAUACAUUUAAAGUAUUGGCAUAUAUGUUUGACAUAUAUACAUACAUCGAUCUUUUUAAUAAUCGCCAUAUGAGCAACACUGGAAAAGUGAGAGAAUUCAAAAGUAAAAUUAAUGACUUAGUAAAUUAUCAUUAUAAAAAUAAAAUCCGACUUAAGGCUGAACUCCAAAAAAUUAUAGAAAUAUGUCAAAGAUAUAUAACUUCUUGGACGUCUUUUCCAAAAGUUCAUGACGCAGGGGUUCUAAAAGAAGAUAAUUGGAUAAGCGAAAUAACAAGGAAAAUAGAAAUAUUAGGUAAUGAAACAUUGAAAGAGGAAAGGGCAGAAGAUGUAAGAAUUACAGGAAAUUUGCAAAUGCAAACAUUAGAUGAACAAAUUUCAAUGAGCCAUGUGAUAGAUGAUAUAUCAAACACAGGAAUAAGUAUUGGAACUAUUUAUAUAUCUUUUUCUAUAUUAAUAAUUACGUUUAUUUUGGUAAGGAAAUUAAGGAGGGUGUUGAAAAAAAAUAAAAAGAAAAACCUUGGUCUUAUGGACACAUUUGAUUUUGAAUACAAAAAUUCUUUAGAUGAUAUGUAUAAAAUAGCAUAUAGUUAA